AUGUCCGCUAUGCAAGCAAGCAGAAGAUUCCAUAGAUCAUACUCUCGGAAAUUGCAGGUGAUACGUUCUCCUUCAAAGGGAUUCUACGAGUCAUUAUGCCCGGUGUCAUCGCUUGGCACCUCUGGAAGGCAAGGAACUUAGCAAUUCAUGAAGGCCAUAUCCACACCAAGGAGGGUAUCAUCCAACAGUGUUUUAAACAUAUUCAAGCAUGGUGCUGGGCUUCACGACGCAAAAAAUGGCUGAUCCAUGAUAACACCUUCAGGGGUUGGGGUUUAGAUUUAUUUUGGAUUAAUGGUAGCAAGCUUUUGAAUGUGGUGUAGUUAGGCCUUUUUUCCCUCUUUCUUGUACUUCCUCCUUUUCUCUCCUUUUAAUAAAGCCUCUUUUUGUUAAUAUAUAUAUAUAUAUAUAUAUAUGUAUAUAUAUAUAUAUAUACAUAUAUAUGUAUAUAUAUAUAUAUAUACACACACACACACAUGGAAAACACUAGCGGCGUUCAGGAGCUCUCUUCUCUGGCGUUUACGCCGGUAUCUGCCUCAACUGCGUCCAUUAGAGGACAGAACAGGCUGUUCUCGGAAGUAGUUGCAAAGGGUGUGCAGGCUAGAGCACUGGAAGGGAAGGUUACGGGAUACCAGAAUGGAAUUCCAUAUGUGACUUUUACGAAAAACGACAUCUCUGAAUUAUCAGUGCGUUUCAAGCAUGCGUUGGUGGCUACGUUCAAGACUUGCCCGCCCUUCUCUACAAUGAAAUCAUUUAUGCAGAAGCUUGGUCUCCUUGGAGAUUUCAACGUCACCAUCUUAUCAACCAGGAGUUUCCUCUUGAAUUUUCAAAGGGAGGAGGAUUAUGUGAGGAUAUUUUUACGACGAGUAUGGAGGGUUUAUGGGCAAGAUAUGACAAUUACAAAAUGGAGCCCCUCCCUAUCUUCUAAUGUUGAUAACCCUAUUCUUCCUAUUUGGAUUGCUUUCCUAGAUUUGCCAAUCCGUCUGCAUGAUAAACAGGCUUUACAUCUUUUGGCAUCCUCGAUUGGUCACCCCUUGCAAGUUGACUCUUGUACGUUAAAUUUCUCCAGGCCCCAACUUGCACGUUGCUGUGUGGAGGUUGAUAUCUCUCACUUGCCUCCUGCAAAGAUUCACGUCCAACAUGUGGAGGAGGAUAUGUUCCUUGACUUCUACUAUGAAAACGUACCUUCUUAUUGCAUGGAUUGUGGGAAGAUUGGUCAUCCAAAGGAGAGGUGCCCACUAGGGCAAAACAGGCAAGAUGCAAGGCCUAAGGAUGUGAAGACAGAUACUGCAUGGCAAGUGGUUACUUGUAAGAAAGGGAAGGCCAAGAUGGUCAAGAAGCCAGAAAUUGUUUGGAAAGAAAAACCUUAUCAAACUUCCAUGCAACUUGUGCAGUGGUCUGAAGGUCCGGGUGAGUCUUCCAUGGUGAGAGAGAAUAGUGUGGCUGCGGACUCCGACGUUCAGCCUCUACUUCCACAGGGAAUUUUUACUAUCUCUGAUCCCACUCUAUUGUCUGCCUUCACGAUGCACAAACUUUUUUCUCCCACACCUUUGGAGGUUAAAGAGGACUGCUUGGCAAUUAUUCCUUAUGAGGACUGUUUGAAGGAACUCCCAGAAGAUGCAGAACCUGAUGUGGGUUUCUAUAUGGAUGGGGGUGAUAUUGAUUCAGUUUGCCAUUAUCUUGAAGAAUUUCCUUCUUUGGCUAGCCCCUCUCCAGAUCUGGUUUCCUCUAAGCUUUCUAAAAGCUCAAAACCAAGGGAGCGUAGCCAUGCAAUGGAUGAUUACCUCUCCCUUCAUACUAUUAUUCAAGAGUCUCAGAUCCUUACUUGUGGAUUUAAGCAUGCUGCUUCCUCUUCAUCUGUUUGGAUUUCAAGCGUGUAUGGUUUGCAUACCAGAUUUGAUAGAGAGGAUCUCUGGCUGUCUCUUAGAACUCUUUUUCCUAGGUCUGGUCCUUGGAUUGUUGGGGGUGACUUUAACACUGUUGCCUCUCUCUCAGAGCACAAAGGUGAUGUUUGUCCAGAUCUUGGAGGAAUAGGGGAUUUUGCUCAGGUUAUCUCUGAGUGUGAGCUAGUGGCUCCUCCUUUUCUUGGGAGUGAAUUCACUUGGACUGGUAAAAGGGGUCGGGGGAGAGUCUUUAGGAGGCUUGAUAGAGUCUUAGUGAAUGAAUCAUGCCUGGAUUCUUUUCCAGUAAUUGAGAUCAGACAUCUUGGACAAGGACUUUCAGAUCAUAGGCCCCUUCUUUUCAAAUCACUUUCCCACCAUGUGGUGGGCCCUAAACCUUUCAGAUUUUUGAAUGUAUGGUGCUCACAUACUUCCUUUAAGGACUUUGUUGCUAGCUCCUGGGGAAAGAGUUAUCAAGGAGGGGGUAUGAGGGGUCUGGCUUUCAAAUUGGCUACUCUGAAGAGGGCACUUCUUCAGUGGAACAAAGAAGUAUUUAGGAAUAUUUUUGAUGCAGUUUCUAAGGCACAGGAAAGGCUGUUGAGGGCGGAAGAUACUCUAGAAAGGGAUGAUUGUGAAGAAAAUGUGGUGGCAUGUAAUUUGGCUAGGGCUUUGUUGCAACAGGCUCACAAAAAGGAGGAAAUGUUCUGGUCCCAGAAAGCAAAUGUUAGGUGGAUUUCUCAAGGGGAUGCCUCAACUGCAUUCUUUCAUUCUUUGGUCAAGGGAAGGAGAAAUAGACUUUUCAUUUCUUCUCUAAAGAAUACAGCUGGUUGUAUGCUUUCCUCUCAAGAAGAAAUAGCUAAGGAGGCUGUUUCUCAUUUUACUAGGGUUUUUUCUACUGUCCAUGAGGGUGACAUGGGUGAGGUACUUAGUCAUAUUCCCUUCUUGCUCUCUAAGCAAGAUAAUGAUAUGCUUGGGAGACAGCCAGAUGAGGAGGAGGUUUGGGACAUUAUAAAGGUGGAUGUCUCUAAAGCUGUGCAGGAGUUCUUUUUGGGUAUCCCUUUGCCCAGGGUUUUUGGGAGUACUUUGAUCAUCCUUAUUCCAAAAAUUGAGGGUGCUAUAACUCUGGAUCAGUUUAGGCCCAUUUCUCUUUCUACCUUUUUCAGCAAGAUCCUUUCCAGGAUACUCAGUGAUAGACUGAAGAUAGUCCUUCCCACUCUUAUCUCCCCAGAGCAGGCUGCUUUUCAGCAAGGAAAAAGUAUUAAUGAACAUGUUCUGAUGGUUAAAGAGAUGGUGCAUUUGCUAUCUGCAAAUACUAAAGGUGGAAAUUGUAUCAUCAAGCUUGAUUUGUCUAAGGCUUUUGACAACAUAUCUUGGAGUUAUUUGGAGCAGAUUUUGAUAAAAUUUGGAUUUUCCCCAAGGAUUGUGCAGCUUCUAAUGGGAAAUCUGAGAUCCACCUUUUUUUCUGUCCUUGUGAAUGGUCAGCCCAAGGGUUUUUUCCCCAUGCAGUGUGGUGUUAAGCAGGGUGAUCCCUUGUCACCUCUUUUGUUCACUCUAGCUAUGGAGGGGUUUACCAGAUACUUUAAUCAUCUUGCUAACAUUGGAAGGAUCAGCUGUUUCUCAUCUGGCAGGACAGUGGCUCCAAGUCUUUUGUUGUAUGCUGAUGAUAUAGUCAUUUUCACCAGAGCUGAUUGUAGGAAUCUCUUGAGGCUAAAGGCAGCUCUUUCCACUUUUGGGAUGACAUCUGGUCAGGCUAUUAACUUUAAUAAAAGUCAGGAUGGUAGAUUAGGGGUAAGGGAUCUUGGCCAUUGUCAAAGGGCUACUACCAUGGAUUUAUGGUGGAAGGUUCAGCAGGGUGGAACCAUUUGGAGGACUUUUAUGCACCGGAAGUACUUCAGGGAUGGGUCCUUCACUCCUAAGCUAUAUGAUUCAAUGAGUCAAGAGUCUGCCCACGGACAAGGCAACAACAAUGAGCACGUCAGUGUUCACAGUGAAGCAUCUAGUUUCACCCCUCCCGUCCAAAAUGAACCUGUCAAUCAACAAAAUGUUGGGAAUAACCCAAACGCUGGUGGUCAACCCGACCUUGUGAUCCCAACUUUUCUGGCUAAUGUGUUACAACAAAUAGCCAACGCGCCAAUGUUUCAACCACCUCCACCACCGCCACCUCGAGUAAUAACCUACAAAACUCUAAGGGAUAACGGUGCAGAAUUAUUCCUUGGGGAUCGCAUCGGUGAACCCCAAAUUGCGUGGGAUUGGAUCGAGCAGACUGCUCGACUGUUGAAGGAUCUCAACGUACCUCUGGACAACUACCCGCGACUGGCUUCUCAACUGCUGCGCAAUGAAGCCUACGAGUGGUGGAAGAGAACCGAUGAGAGUGUGGGAACCCCUAAGCCGUGGACAUGGACACAUCUCGAUUGGGCAUUCAAGCAAGAAUACAUUCCGAAACGUUUUAGUGAGGAAAAACGUAAGGAAUUUGUGGAGCUGGAACAAGGAAACAUGACACUCCUUGAAUACCGUCAGAAGUUCACCAAACUUGCAAAGUUUGCGCCAACCUUGGUGAGUACCCCAACCGAUCGCAUUGAGGAAUUCAGGACGAAACUUCGACCUGACCUGAGGUCACGAGUGUCCGUCUUAACCACCGUGGAUUUCGCAGAGGCCCAAACACUUACCAUCCCACUAAUUCUGCCUCAAAAGGAAAAAGGCCCUUCCAGGAAUCUAGUAACUCACAUUUCUCUAAAAAGGGAAAAUCUAUGCAAACUCAAUCGAUGGCAUCCGUUGAUAGAUCCAGGAAGCGAAAGUAUCCUGCUUGCGAACACUGUGGAAGGAACCACCCUGGAGAGUGUUGGUUGAAACAAGGGUUGUGCCUUGGCUGUGGAAAACCAGGACAUUUCAAAAAGGAGUGCCCUACAAACCUUGGAGAACCAUUUCCAUCUGCUCCUGUUGCUAGCCAGUCUGCAUCAACACGACCCGCACCAAGUCAACGCUCAAUAGCAGGGUCUAAGCCAGCCAAGAAUCAGAACCAACAACAGGGACGAGCUCCUGCUCGUACAUAUGCAAUGAAGGCACGAACUGAGG